AUGGAACAUUUUGUAGCUCCGAGGGUUAAUAAAAAAUAUUUAAAUAAAUUUUAUAACAAGAAUGUUCGACUUGUUGGAAAAGUUUUAAAAAAGGAUGGCAAUGAAUUGACUCUUCUAACGUGUGACAAUGCUGAAAUAAAAUGUUAUCUAAAUGAAGAACAAAUAGACGAUUCUUUUGAAACUUAUGUGGAAGUUUUAGGAAGGGUUAAUGAAGAUGAUACUUUAAGUAACAUAGUAUAUGUACAAAAUGGAGGAAACUCAAUGAAUUUUAACGAACUGAACAAUUUAAUAAACUUAACAUUUUUAGAAGAAUUGGAAGAAGUGUUUUAA